AUGUCGUCGUUAAAUAUGAGAGCCAUGCAUUCAUCUGCUUCAACACCGUCUCUGCGUGCUCGAGAUGGCAUACUACCGCCCCAAAUGAGAAUGGAUGCGGGAGGUAAUGUGAGAGUCGUCGUGAGAGUCCGGGCGUUUUUGCCUAGAGAGAUCGAAAGGGGUGCGGAGUGCUUGAUUAGCAUGGAUCCUCACACCCAGAUGACUACACUUCAUGUGCCAAACGAUCAUGACCCAGCGAAUGUCAGAGCCAAGUCACGCAAGGUGGUUGAGGAGAAGUCAUUUAUAUUUGAUAACUCCUUUUGGAGUCAUAACACGAGGGACAGAUAUUACGCACAUCAAGAAGAUGUAUACAAUUGUCUAGGCGAGGAAUUCCUCGACCACAACUUCGAGGGUUAUCAUACUUGCAUCUUUGCCUAUGGUCAAACCGGCUCUGGCAAGUCUUACACAAUGAUGGGCACGCCCGACCAACCAGGACUUAUUCCGCGGACCUGUGAAGACUUGUUCCAGCGCAUUGAAGCAGCGCAGGAGGAAACGCCUAAUAUUUCGUAUCACGUACGAGCCUCCUACUUCGAAGUAUACAAUGAGCACGUCCGCGACUUGCUUGUUCCUGUGGUACCAAACCAGCCUCCGUACUAUUUGAAGAUCCGCGAGUCGCCAACUGAGGGACCGUAUGUGAAGGAUCUGACUGAGGUGCCAGUGCGAAGUCUGAAUGAGAUUCUUCGGUACAUGAAGACUGGAGAUGCAAGUCGUACGACAGCGAGCACCAAGAUGAACGACACGAGUAGUCGAAGCCACGCAGUAUUUACCAUCAUGUUAAAGCAGAUUCACCACGAUAUGGAAACGGACGAGACUACGGAACGUAGCUCGCGAAUCCGGCUGGUCGAUCUAGCGGGCAGCGAGCGAGCCAAAUCCACCGAGGCGACUGGCGCUCGGCUGCGUGAGGGCAGUAACAUCAACAAAUCCCUGACAACUCUAGGUCGGGUCAUCGCGGCGCUCGCGGACCCGAAGGCCCAACGCCCUGGCAAGCGGCAUAGAGAUGUCGUGCCGUACCGUGACUCCAUCCUAACAUGGCUACUGAAGGACUCCCUAGGAGGUAAUAGUAAGACGGCGAUGAUUGCGUGCAUUGCGCCGUCCGACUAUGAGGAAACGCUAUCAACGUUACGGUACGCGGAUCAAGCGAAGAGAAUCCGUACUCGUGCCGUGGUCAACCAGGACCACAUCAGUACGGCGGAGCGAGACGCACAGAUUGCAGCCAUGGCCGAAGAAAUCCGAGUAUUGCAACUAUCCGUAUCAGACUCUCGCCGUCGCGAGAAGGAUGCCAAGGAAAGCGAAGAGCGUCUAGAGGAGUACCAAAACCGUGUCGCGGCCAUGCAACGCAUGAUGGAGGAGCGUAGCAUGGUGUCUGAAGGGAAGAUCCGCAGUCUACAGACUGAGAACGAGGCUUUGAGGCUACAUCUUAAACUUGCGCUUGAUAGCCUUAAGAACCCUAUUCCAGAGGUGGUUGUUAAGAAUGAAGGGGAUGGAGCGGAUAAGGAGAAUGUAGACAAGGGCCGGGCUAGUCCUGUUGACGAGGCAUAUUACGGCGAGGAUGAUGGAUAUGGAUCCGAUGUGUAUGAGGAGAAGGCAAAUGAUGUUCAGGAUUACAUGCACGACCUCUUGGAGGAUUUAGCAUUGUUUAGAAGGAAGAUCGGCGAUGACAAGGGGAGGUUUUUAGACGAAGAUGCAAGACACCCAUUGGGUGUGAAGGUGAAUAUUUAG